UGGAGACAGCGGCGGGAGCUGGUGUAAGCAUAACGGCCGCGAUCUCUCAUCUCUACAACCAAGUGUUAGUCCGAGCGCCUGACAACGCGUCUGAGAUAACGAGAACUUCAUUCUAAUCUCUCCAUCCACACGCUCUCGUUACGCGCGCGCGUGUGUGUGGAGUAACUUUACGUGGACGUUUACACACGCCGUGUGGAUCGUGGUGUCUGAUGUAGUGCUGCCCUGAGAUCCCGCCAGCGCGUAGUAAGUAGAUUAGAACAUCGUCAGCCGUAGAACCGUAGUGUAGCUGCGGCGGCAAUCGUACAAGGAAGGCAAGCAGUAGCAGAAGAAGAGGAAGAGUGAUGAUAUGAGGACAGAGAUGAGGUCCACCGUCCGUCUGCUGCUGCUGCUGCUGCUCGCGGCUGCUGCGGCGAUCCUGUUGCUAUGCAUCGCCGCCGUCACGAUGCUGAACGACGGCAGUUACCUGCCAUCUCCACAGGAGGUGGUGUCCGCUGGCUGGGCGAGCAGCGCCGAGCGCGGGCCGAGGAACGUCCGAAGUUUGACGAAUGUCAACCAAGAUGACGUCAGUGAUGACGUCAUGCUCGCAGCCGCAGACGACAUCAUGGCGGGUUACAGAGACGCUGAUUGGCCGGCGGAUAAGUACCGUGGCGCCGCGCCGGCCGUGCUGCGCGCCGUGUGUGCGGCCGUGACUGGCGACGACAGAGCGUACACGCUCGCCGACUGCCUGCACGUCUAUCACGACGAAAACACGUGGACGUCGUCGCUGGACGACACGAGAAGCGCCGUGGCGGCCGCCAUGCGGCGCCACCUGCAGGCGGCUAGCGACACGAGCGUGGUGCCGACGUCGGCCGCGUGUCCGGCCGACGGAGAGACGGUUCACAGCGUCGGCUACCCGCAUAACUACGCCGACGACGUCGUCUGUUCAACACUCGUCGCCGCCGACGAUGAUGACGAUAGUGGGGGAGGCGGCGGCGGCGGCGGCGGCUUCGUACUGCUAGACUUUACGGCGUUCAGUUUGGAUUCGAACGCUGCCUUCUGCUCGCCGCAGUACGAUCACGUGAGCAUCACGCGCUUCUGGCGACGCGUGCGCCUCUACACGGAGCUCUACUGCGGAGAUGGCGCCCCCUCGCGGCGGCCGUUCGACGCCGACAGCGUUCUGCUGGAGUUUCACACGAACGAGGUCGGAGCCGACAGCGGCUUCUCCGCCUCUGUUGUCCGCUACAACGACCCCGCCGAUCUACAUGACGUCACCUCCGUAGCAGCUUCCUCUUCCGGCGUGACCUCUGCAGCAGUUUCCGGCGGGACCUUUCUCGCGUCGUCGGAGAAGCAAAGUGGAGAUGAUGCGGUCCUGGUUAGCACGCCAGUGUUGCUGACCGGCCAGGACGGCGGCAUCGAGGAUAACAGCAGCAGCAGCAGCAGUAGCAUCAUACAGAAACUACACAAGAACUAA